AAUCACUACCACUAGAUCUGGCCUGCCACUUCCGCCAAGAUGUCGGCCGCUGAAGAUCUUCUGAGAGAUUUUGAGGACUCCGACGUGGAGGAUCUCGCGGAUGAUGUGAGCAAUGGAGUGGAGGAAAUGGAAGACGUCACUGAAACAGCGGAGGAGGCUGGUGAGGAGGAUGGCAGAGUCAAGAAUGACUUCGAGGUUGCCAUGUCAGCGGCAGAUGAGCUUUCUCGACUACAUAAAGUCUUACGAGAUCAAUACUCGAUCCGAUUCCCCGAGCUCGAAACCCUCAUUACGAAUCCUAUCAACUACGCCAAAACAGUAGCCAUCCUGAGGAAUGGCCCGCUCGACAACAUCAAACAGCUAUCGACCUCGUCCGACAACAUGGUCGGCGCGCCGCUCAAUACUGUUCUCGAUGGCCCCUCGUUGAUGGUAGUCACGGUCGAAGGCACAUCUACGCGGGGGCGGGAGAUGACUGAGGCCGAGCUUCAAACUGUCCUCGCUGUUUGCGAGAAGAUUCUCAAACUCGAUCGCGAAAGAACUGCGCGCAUAGAGAGUGUUCAGUCUCGCAUGACUGAAAUUGCACCAAACCUUACUGCUCUUGUCGGGUCCCAUACCGCAGCACAGUUCUUAAACCAGGCUGGUGGCCUUCUGGAGCUUGCUAAAAUCCCCGCCUGCAAUCUCGCAGCUCAAGGGUCUAAAAAACAAGAAGGUCUAGGUUUUGCUACGAAUGUAGGAAUUCGUCAGCAGGGGUUCCUCUAUCACUCUUCCCUUAUCCAAGAUAUCCCGAACGAUGUCAAGCGUCAAGCAAUGCGCAUUGUGUCAGCAAAGAUGGUGUUGGCUGCACGAGCAGACGUCGCCCGAACCAGCCCGGAUGGAUCGAUGGGAGAGCAGCUCAAGCAACAGUGCUUCCAACGAUUAGACAAAUUAACCGAACCACCACCAAACAAGGGACCUCGAGCCCUACCUGCACCGGAUGACAAGCCAGCGCGAAAGAGAGGUGGUCGACGCGCACGCAAGGCCAAGGAGGCUGUGGCAGUGACAGAAAUACGCAAAGCCCAAAACCGUGUUGCCUUUGGGAAAGAGGAGCAGGAGGCUGGCUAUGGUACCGGCGAUUCAUCUGUUGGUUUGGGCAUGCUCGGCCAGCAAAACGACGGACGUAUCCGCGCUACUCAGAUCGAUCAACGUACUCGAGCUAAGCUUAGCAAAUCUAACAAGGGCUGGGGUGCUGCCACCCCUAUCGGUGGUACAGCGACAUCUCUCCGUGGGCCUGGGAAUGCGACCGUCCUGCAAGGCCUGCGCACGUCCGGGGUCGGGACAUCGCUCGGGGCGCAAGCUGGAACAGCUAGUUCGAUUGCUUUCACGCCUGUUCAAGGCCUCGAGCUGGUCGAUCCCAAAGUGCAAGCCGAGCUUAACCGCAAACGCAAGGCUGAAGAGGAUCGUUGGUUCAAGGGCGGCACCUUCACACAGGUCGGCGGUCAAAGCAGUGCAAGCAAUGGAGGCUUCAAGGUGCCAGACGUUCCUGCGAAAAAGAGAAUCGAUAUUGGUGAAGGCAAGAUGGCUCCGCCACCGUUGCCUGUCAAGAGAUGAGCAUCUUUGUGAUAAUACUGCAUUUUACUCUGGCGUUUGGGUGAUAUCGAGCCCAUGACUUGAUGAUACCACUUUCGUGUAUUUCUGUAUUGAUUACUUCAGUUCAUAAAUCAUAUUCAACAUUUAAAACCAGUCAAACAUCAUUAUGUAUUUCCCA